AGUUGUGGUGCUGCUGCCUUCCGGAGCAGGCAGUGGAGGGAACCCAAGAGGCCAGAGUCCCCCCCGGCCCGGGCGCCAGGCCCCCUCCCCGCCCGCCACCACGGAGCAGGAGGAGAACAGCCCGCCCCUCCGGCCCUGGCCCGGCCCAGCAGGGGCAGUGAGCUCCUACCUGCCCCAGGCUUGGUCCCCAGACAGGCCCAGUGCACGAGCAGCCCAGAGCCCGUUGACUGCCACCCCACGCCUCUCCGCCCCUCCACGGCCGCACCAUGUCUGGCUCCUACGAUGAGGCCUCGCUGGCUACGGAGGAGACCACUGACAGCUUUUGGGAGGUGGGGAACUACAAGCGGACUGUGAAGCGCAUCGAUGACGGGCACCGUCUGUGCAACGACCUGAUGAACUGCGUGCAGGAGCGCGCCAAGAUCGAGAAGGCGUACGCGCAGCAGCUCACCGACUGGGCCAAGCGCUGGCGCCAGCUCAUCGAGAAAGGACCACAGUAUGGCAGUCUAGAGCGGGCCUGGGGUGCCAUAAUGACGGAGGCAGACAAGGUGAGCGAACUGCACCAGGAGGUGAAGAACAGCUUGCUGAACGAGGACCUGGAGAAGGUCAAGAACUGGCAGAAGGAGGCCUUCCACAAGCAGAUGAUGGGCAGCUUCAAGGAGACCAAGGAGGCUGAAGAUGGCUUCCGCAAGGCCCAGAAGCCCUGGGCCAAGAAGAUGAAAGAGCUUGAGGCAGCCAAGAAGGCCUACCAUCUGGCCUGCAAAGAGGAGAAGCUGGCCGUGACGCGGGAGAUGAACAGCAAGACAGAGCAGUCCGUCACGCCGGAGCAGCAGAAGAAGCUGCAGGACAAAGUGGACAAAUGCAAGCAGGACGUGCAGAAGACGCAGGAGAAGUAUGAGAAGGUGCUGGACGAUGUGGGCAAGACCACUCCCCAGUACAUGGAGGGCAUGGAGCAGGUGUUUGAACAGUGCCAGCAAUUUGAAGAAAAGCGGCUGGUCUUCCUCAAGGAGGUGCUGCUGGAUAUCAAACGUCACCUGAACCUAGCUGAGAACAGCAGCUACGUCCAUGUGUACCGAGAGCUGGAGCAAGCCAUCCGCGGGGCGGACGCCCAGGACGACCUCAGAUGGUUCCGAAGCACCAGUGGCCCCGGCAUGCCCAUGAACUGGCCCCAGUUUGAGGAGUGGAACCCAGACCUCCCUCACACUGCUGCCAAGAAGGAGAAACAGCCCAAGAAGGCAGAGGGGGUGUCACUGGCCAACGCCACUGGGGUGGCGGAGUCCACAUCUCAGGCUGGCGACCGUGGCAGCGUUAGCAGCUAUGAUCGGGGCCAGACUUACGCCACUGAGUGGUCAGACGAUGAGAGUGGGAACCCAUUUGGGGGUAACGAGGCCAAUGGAGGUUCCAACCCCUUCGAGGAUGACGCCAAGGGAGUGCGUGUGCGGGCACUCUACGACUACGACGGCCAGGAGCAGGACGAGCUCAGCUUCAAGGCUGGAGAUGAGCUCACCAAGCUGGGUGAGGAGGACGAGCAGGGUUGGUGCCGCGGGCGGCUGGACAGCGGGCAGCUGGGCCUUUAUCCCGCCAACUACGUGGAGGCCAUCUAGCUGCCCUGUCCCCCAACACACUACCCCUCACUCCUUGCCCAGCACCUCCUCUCCUUUCCCAGUCUUGACCUCUUGACCCCCUGCCCUCGCCAUAGAGUUCCAGACAUAUUUUCCGAUCAAGCUUUUAUUUUUUUAAAAGUCAAAACAGAACAAAUCAAAAAAUACAGAGACAGAGCAUUUGCAGGGCCUCCUGGAGGCCAGGGUGGUGGGACUUGGGGUGAUGACCCCAGGGUAGGCGAGGGGCUUAGAACUUAGUCCAAGAGAGACUUCACAAAAUCCGCUCUUUAGAUCCCACCAAAGAGCCUCCUGAGCCCUGAGGGAUGUCUCCUGGACCCUUCUACUCUGCCUCACUCCCCAGUUUACCCCAGCCCUCCUUCUCCACCACAGGCUGCCAGCACCCCUCCUUCUGCGGGCCUGGUUUUUUGACCACCACCCCUCCCCACCUCACCUUUUCUCCCUCCUGCCACCACCCCACUCUCAAAGGCCUGGCUUCCAGACCAGAGAAGGGAGGAUUUCCCACUCUUUAGUCUUCCACUUUGCCUUGGGGAGCACCCUUAUCUCCUAGUCGUCCCCCCCCCACCCAGGGCUAAAGAGGGAAUGGUGGCCCUCUUCUCCCACGGAGAUUUCCAGGGGUCCCUGGACUCCACCAGACAUGAAAAGGGUCAACUGGAAUUGGUGACAGUGGCAGGGUACAGGAAGGGGAAUGAGGGGGAACCAUGGUAGGCUCAGCUGCGAGACCCUUUGUCCCAACAGUUAGAAAGUAGGGCAAAGACUCUUUCCCUGGAGCCACUCUCCUCGGUAAAUAGCAGAGACCCCACCUCAGGCCGGGGGAGGGACCCCAAAGCCCAGGGCAAAGCCAGCAACAGUAGCAGCCCUCUCCCGUUUCCUGGGGAGGAGGGCAUCUUGGCCACCACCCCCCACUUCCUCUCUCCUUGUCUAUCUGCAACCAUAGAAUCACUGGGCUCAGCUUCCACCUCCCUGAGGCCAAGCCUUGUGCCUGCAAGGUCUCCUAUCCUUCUCUCCUGGGGGUGCUGGGGUGAUACACCUCCAUCCUGAGACUCUCAGGGGAGAGCCUGCAGCCAGUGGGAGAGGCAUGGGUUUGGCUAGAGAGAUGGAGGAGGAGCCCUGGCCUUUAGGAGCUGGACAGCCACUGGGCUUUCUUCCUUGUCCCCACCCAUAGCCCUGCAGCAACCCCCACCCCUGCCCCCCAACUCCCCUCCCUGCUGGCAGUCCUUCUACUUCCUCAAGGCCAGUGUCUCAGUUAAGGGACUUUUGGGGGUGGGCGGAGGGAAAGGCAAUCCCAGAGUAUCUCUCUGGUUGGAGAAAGAGUGGUGCUGGAUUAUCUAUCAGGUGCCAGCCUCUCACAUGGGAGGGUGCUGGGAAGCAGGUCAGGGCAGGAUAAGACCCCAAGAGGUGGGGAAUGACUGGAGGAGGGCCUCUUAGGCGAGGCCCUGAGUCCUCCCACAGCUGAUGCCACUUGGAGGCCUGGAUACUGCAGGUCUCUCCCCUCCCUGCAUCACUGGGCCUCCAGCUCAAGACAGCUUACAGCCCAGCCCCCCACCCCACCCCCACCCCCACCCUCCUUUACUCCCUGCUUCUUCUCCCAACAGCCCAUGAUAAAUGAUCUUAGAUCCUAACCUCAAAGUCCUGACCCUGUUCAUGUGGGCACAGAAGAUCCUGGAAGAUUCUGGCAGGGGCCUGAGCUGGCGCAGGCCUCCCUCAGGGCCAGGGAAGUGGGAGGGUGGGACUAAUGGCAUCCCACAGACGCAGAUUUCCCCAUCACUCUCUUUCUCAUCCCUGUCUGCUCUCUGGGCCUCUGCUGCAGCCAGAGAUGUGUCCUAGACCCCUCAGAAGCAAAAUUUCCCAAGCCCUUAACACUCCCAACUCCAGAGUAAACGCUUCUUCAGCCUCUCCCCCAGGCAGGAGUUGGGCUUGGGGCCUCUGCCCCUCACCACGUGUCCUUGGAAGGUAGGAAGCCCACACAGCUGCACCUUGGGGCCUGGGCUCCCCCUUUCUGUGCCAGUGGCUCCUCAGCACCUGGGAGGGGCUGCAGCCCUGGCUGGACCCCAGGCCUGUCCCCCUCUGGACUCUGGCUGCCCACUCCGGGGCAGACUUAAAACUCCAUUGCUUCUGAGAGCCACCUCUGUGGCCCCUUUGGGACCACUCAGUCUCCAGGCUCCUCAGGACCUCGGGGUGGGAGGGUCUCCCACCUAGAAAUCCCCUGAGCUCCAGGGGCCCAGCCCCAUUGUCAGUGCUGGUGUCAGGCACGCAAGAUCGAGCGUGGGAGCUGCACCCCUCGCCGUGCCGCCUGUAGCCCCCCACCCCCCAGCCCACACCCUCGAUGCUGCACGGGCCGCCCUGUGGGCUCGGCGAGUAAAGUGUUUUGUCCCCAGUUAACCACCGUCGUGCAGCCUGGUUCUGCGGGGAGCCCGGGCUGCCCCCACCCGCCGUCCGCCGCCCUCGGCUUCCUGACUCCAUUAGUCCGACACUUGUGAAACUCCGAGAAGUGCUGUGGUCUCAGCAAUGCACCUGUUUUGUACAUGAUUGUGUAAUUUAAAGGUAUAUAAAUACAAAUAUAUAUAUAUCUAAGUUGUGAUUGUAUGACUGUGGAUAAAAUCCAGAACUGUGUCAACCUGG